UUUGUCAUAACAUACUAUACUUGUCCACGCGACAAAACAUUACAUUUUACAAAGUUUCCGUAUUUUACGCGCCCAGCUGACUUUAGGAGUUAGAGAUGGGGAGGGCUCGAUAACUCUUGCUUACAUGUCAUCGGAAAUGCCAACUCGCUAUAGUAGAUUUUGUUGUUGGGACAUCAUAUGAUUGAAAAUUUUCUGCUUUGAGUUGCGGAUGUAAAUAAAAAUAAAUAAAGUCAAAAUGACCGCCGGAAAGAAUGAAAAGGAGGCUGCGGGACAGCUACUGGAUGCAUUGUACCUAGAAAUGUUCCACCUGAUUGAAGAACAUACCCAGUGUCGGGUUAACCUAGAGAGGACUAACGCUAGUGGAGCUAUUCUUCUGGCGAGGACUAGAUUUCAACACGGAGGAAGUAAUUCCGUCUCCACGGCACAGAUACCCACGGAAAAUAGCUCCGAGUUUAAUGCCUUGUGCCGGGUAGUGGAUUCGGCGGAGGGAAACGGGAUCAGCGUGAAGCGACAGGCAGUGGACAAGGCCAACGGCUUCGUGGAGCCCCUUAAUUGGUUCUCAGUUUUGCCACCAAUGAGUUUACGGAAUGCUGUAGCCAAAUUUAAGGAUUGCGUCGAGCUGGUGGCAGAGAGCACAAAUCUUCAACGGCAGCUAGGAGAAGUCAUUGGAUGGAUCGCUAAGCUACGCCAAAGUCCGGUGCUGCAAUAAUUAUUGGAACACACUCUUAUACCAUGUUAAGAAUAAAGUAGAUUGAAAAUUAUAACUUAAUAAAAUAAUGUAUUUGUAUGCAUCAACUA